AUGAAAGCCACAAUAAUAUUAUUUCUUUUUUAUUUUAUUUUUUUGGUUAAAGGUAAUUACACAAUUUCAUACUUUGACAUGAAUAAAUGUAAUAUCAAAAAAAUUGUUUAUAAUAAGAAUGUGACAACGAUGGGGGUCGAUAUUUCGUAUGCAUUAUAUGAUAUAGAAUUUGAUGAAGAUUUAUAUCGUUAUUCUGCAAUUGGGUGCCCACUUACUGUUGAUACUGGGAAUGUAAUUACAUUUAAUAAUGAUACAGAAAGUACAUGUUUAUGUGAUUAUACUAAAUCCAAUAAUCCAACAGAAAAUUGUGUAAACCCUAAAUGCAUUGAAUUGGAUGAAACAGAACAAUGGGUGAAUUUAGAAAUUAGCCAAACAACAACACCAACAACAACAAACUAUACUCUCAAAAACAUCACCCAAUUUAGAUUUUUAAAUGAUAAACCAAAUUUAGGUUUUACAAUAAAGUUGAUACCUAUCAAAGGAACUUUCACAUUUACAAUACUAAAUGGAGAUAUGAUUGGUUCACAUUUUAAAAAAGAUUUUUAUAGAUUCAAUUCAUUAGAAAGUGAGAUACUAUUAAAUGUUUGCCCAGAAAGUAGUAAUCUAUUGUAUUAUGUUGGUACUUAUUUCUUGGAUAUUUCACCAAUAACUUUCGAAGCAACUUUUUCAAUUGAAAUUAAUUAUCAAAAUAUUCCAACCUCAAUAGAUGGUGACACUUACACAACCAAUUGUGUAAAUAUUGAUUCAAACCAUACAUGUAUAAACCUGGGUAAUCAUUUAACAAUAGCUGAUCCUUUAUAUAGUUUUGAUGUAAAAGAUCCUGGAUUUUAUUUAAUUAAUUUCUUUGCUGAAGAAUCAACUUUAUUUAUAACUGAUGAUCCUUUAAUUACUGAACCAAAUGAUCAAAAUUCAAAAUGGAUUAUUAAAAGUUAUGAUGGUUAUAAUAAAUUUAAUAGUUUAACAAUUUAUUUUGAAAAUCCAACAUUAUUAUACUUGAAAAUGGAUUGCCUAAAUGAAUAUUGUGAAGAUUCUUUAGGUUAUCCAAAUUCAAUAUCAAUUAUAAAGAGUCAAGGUUUAAUUAUGAAACCAAUUAGUUCAAUGGGUUUAUUAGAGGCAUCAUUAGCAUUGAUUCAAUCUUCAAAGAUUAUAACAAAAAGUAAUCAAAAUUUCUAUUGUCCAAAAUUUAGUUCUUGUAAUCCUUAUUCAAUUCUAUCACCAAUCGAUAAUAUUAAUCCAUUAUGGCCAGUACCUGGAUCAUUACAAUUUAUUCCUGGUUUUAAUUAUCAAAUAAUGGAAAAUGAUUUACAAGAUAAUUUUAAAUUAAAAGGAAAAUCUUAUCAAGUUGCUUUAAUACUUUCAAUAAAUUAUGGUAAAGGUAUAAUUGAAUAUUUAAAUCUUGAAGAUUCUUUAAAUAUUGAAAUUGAAUUUUUAUCAAAUCUUUUUAAUUUUGAUGGUGAUGUUAUUAAAUUAAAAAUUAAAGAUUUUAAUUUAAAAUUAAUUCAAGAAUGUAAUUAUAAAGAAUUUCAAAAAGUUCAAGAAAUAAUUAAUACAAGUAUGAAUAAUAAAGAUAAUAUUAAAGAUAUAAAUAAUUGGAAAUAUAAACUUGGUUUAUUACAAUCUACAAGUAAUUGGAUUGGUUGUGAAAAUUCAAUUUUAAAUUAUUUAAAAUUAGAAAAUUUUGAAACAAAUGUAACAUCUUAUCAAUGUCCAUAUUUAAUAUCAGAUCCACUUUAUCAAUUAGAUCCAUGUUGUAAUUUUCAUUUAUUAUUCUCUCAAGUAUGUUUAAAAAAAACAAUUAAAACUCAAAGUUUAAAAAUUCAAGAUUAUGAAUCUAAUAAAAUUACAAAUCAAUGUUUUAGUUUAGAUUGUACAUCAAUUGUUUUAGAUCAAUAUAUUACACAAAAAUAUUCCUCAUCAUUUUUAGAAGGAGGAGGAGAAGGAGGAGAAGAACAAGAUAAAUGUAAAAUUCCAAGAUUAGAAAUUACAAAUACUUAUUUAAAUACAUAUGAUGCACUUAGAAAAUGUAGAAUUAAAAUUUUAGAACCACCUUUUUGUACUUUUGAUGAUGAUUGUAAAAGUUUUAAUCAUGGAACAAGAAAAUGUGAUUUAUUCACUAGGAAAUGUAUUGUAAAUUAUGAAAUUACCGAUAAUGAUUAUAUUGAAUGUGUUUUGAAUGCGAUUCCAUUGGGUACUCUUUAUUCAUUAAUUUCAACAUUGGAUAUAAAUUCAACAAUUAUCAAUUCAAUUCAUAAUGAAUUAAAAUUUAAAGAUUGGGUUAUUGAAGGAAGUUAUUCAAAACAUUCAACUUAUAAAUACUAUAUAACAAAUAAUAUUAACUCUGAAACUGGAAAUCUUAUUGAUCAAUCAAAUGAAAUUACCUAUAAAACUCAAAAUUUACUUAGAGGUUGGAUUUUUGAAAAGAUUGAUUAUUCAACAAUUUUAGAGAAUCCAGAACAAGUUAAUUGUGAUGCGUACUUUUUAAUGUUACCAAAAGGGUAUAACCAACAAGUUUAUUCAGAGUUUUAUUUCCGUUGUAGACCAUUAACUAAAUUUACAACAUCACAUAGUUUUUGUGGAUAUUGUACUGAUGUAAACUCAACACUUUGUCAUAUUUAUAAUGGUUCUUUAUCUCAUGUUGGUUCACCCGAUAUUCAAUAUGAUCAAGAUUAUCCAUUCUCUCCAACCCAAGAUGUCACCAUUGAUCAAACAACUUGUGAACUAGGAUUAUCAAUGUGUCUUUUAGCCGAUGGUAGUUAUAUUCCAAAUAUUUAUAAAGAUGAUUGUGAAAAUAGUAGAGGUAGUUGUUCUGAACCAUGUGGUUAUGAAUGUAAAGGUUUAAUUGAAAAUUGCUUAUGGUUUAAAUUUAAUGAAACCGAUUCUUCAUAUGUAAUGGAUUCAACACUUUGUGAAUCAGUAACAGGUUUUCAAUUUAUUGAUAACUUUUGUUAUACAACAAUCACUAAUCAACAAGAUUGCAAUGAUGGUGGUUAUACUUGGAUUGAUUGUCCAUCAAAAGAUAGUGAUAAUUGUAUAGGUCCAGUAUGGAAUUUAACAAAACCAGAUGAAUAUGAUAUUUUAGAUACUAUCAGAGAUUUUUGUUAUUUAAAACCAAUUGAAUGUACAACUAAACAAGAAUGUUUAAAUAGAGGACGUUGUUCUGAUUAUCAAUACUUUUAUGAUCAAAUUGAAAAAGAUGAUGAACAUCCUUAUCCAAAUGGUUUAGGUAAAUGUAUUUCAAAUCAUACAGUUGAUACAACAUCUAUAAAAUCUUGUAAACUCUAUGAUGAAUAUGAUUCACCAUUAGGUUGUUAUCCAAAAUUUGAUAUACCAAAUAAAGAACUUUGUCAACAGCAAGGAGUUAAUACAACAAAAUGGUGGUGGAAACCUUCAACUAAUAAAGAUGAAUGUUUAUCAUAUAUGGGUUGUAGAACUAUUGAUUUAUUUUAUAAAGAUUCAGUUGAUAUGUUAAAUCCAAAUAAUUUACCAUACAAUUUUAGAUUUAAUGAAAUGAAUGAAAAUAAUUGUAAUCAACAACAUAAUUUAUCAGGUAGUGCCACUAAAUGGAUGAAUAAAUUUCAAUGGGUUGAUGCAGUAUGGUUACCAGGUGUUUUUGUUCAAUCGAAAUGGUAUGAAAAUAAAACAUUCACCACUCAAUAUCAAUAUAAAGAUGUUUUAAAUUAUCAAAAAUUUUAUGAGAAAAUAGUUCAAGCUACCGAUAAACAAGUGUCAGUUUUAUAUUCAUCAGAAGCAUUUUGUCAAAAAGAAAAGAGAGAAAACUAUUUAAAUUCAAUUUUAUGUAGUUGUAAUGUUGGUGGAAAUUCAGAAUGUUUCCAAUCAACCAAUCUCAUUAUGGCUCAAUCAAUAGUUUGUAAUGGUGAACAAACAUCGAUUUCAUUCUUUAAUGGUUUAUUAAAUUUCAAAAAUGAUUCAAUUUCACAUGGUUGUGAAAUGAUAUCAAUAUCUCAAAUUUCUAAAACCAUUUAUUCAAUUUCAACUCCACAACCAUUAUCAAAUAAUUUCAUAUCUUAUCUUAAACCUGAUAAUUUUGCAAUUUUAAAUUCAAAUGAUGCAAUCAUUGGUACACUUUUAAAUGAUGGUAUAAUUUUAAAAUCUGAAUUUGGUUUUAAAAAUUUUUUAAUUUGUAUGAAUUUUAAUAUUACAUCAAUAAAUUUAAAAUCAUAUCCAAUUUAUGAUUUUGCAAUAAAAUUAUCAAAUAAUAAUAAUAAUAAUAAUAAUAAUAAUAAUAAUAGUAAUGAAAGUAUUGAUGGUGUUAAUAAUAAAUUAAUACCAUUAAAUAGUGAAGCAAAAUUAAAAUUAAUUAAUAAUAUUAAUUAUUAUUGUUCAAAUAUUGAAAAUAUAACUGAAGGAAUUAAAGAGAUUAUAAUUUAUCCAAUUAAUAGAGUAUCAGAUUGGGAGGAUAAAGAUAAACAAGUAUUAGAUAAGAAAACCACUGUAUUAGUUUAUAUUUUAGCAUGCUUUUUCAUUUUAGUUGGUAUUUAUGGUUUAUUCCAAACCAUUGAAUUUUUAAUUGAAAGAUUUAAAUCAAAGAAACCAUUACAAUUAACUCAUUUAUUAAUUGUUUCAGUAUCAACAUUCAUUAUAAUGAGAGGUAUUUAUUUCUUUGUACUUCCAAGUGGUGCAUUAACUGAUGUACCUUCAUCCGAUUAUGUAUUAGUGGUACUACCAACAUUCAUUUAUCUAUCAUCGUUUAGUAUUAUCAUUGCACUUUGGUAUGUAAUUGUAUUUGUAGUUUUAAAAUUUAAUCCAUCAGCUGGUAAUAUGAAAAAAAGACUCUACACAAUUGUAGCCUCUGUAAACUCUAUGAUUUACUUGUUUUUCAUUGCUAUUGUUUUAGUAUUCCAAUAUACACCCUAUCAACCAAAUACAGAUUGCGUUGGAUUAAUAUUUGAAGAAAUGAAAAAUUCAACACCUCAACAAGUGGUAUCAAUAGUUUAUUCAGUGGUACAAGCAUUACUAUCACUUUUAAUUGGUAUUGCUUUUAUUUAUUUAGGUAGUUCAAUUGUUAAAUUAAUGAGGAAUUUAAUUUCAAAUAGUAAAGGUAGUGGUGCUGCUGGUGCUGCUGCUACUUCCUAUUCGAGUAAUCAAUCAAAAAUUAAAACUCUAACUAUCAUUCUAUCAGUUGCUUUCAUACUUCAUUCAAUUUUCAUAAUUUUAAUCUCUGUAAAAGCUGUCACUAGUAUAAUCUUUACUUUCAUUGGUUUAAUAAUCACUGAAAUCAUACCUGCCAUAUCAAUUUUAUAUGCUUUUGAUAAAAGAUUUGCAAGUUCUUCAAGUAUUAAGAAAUCAACAUCAUCCUCAACUAAAUCCAAUAUUCAUCUUAAUACUGUUACUACUGAUGCUGAGUCAUCAGAGUUAUAUAUUAAAAAAAAUUAA